CCACUACAGCCUCACCUGUGCCCCUCAACGGGCUCCGCCCCUGGCCCAAGCGCAUGCGCACACUUGUGCGCGCCCUCCCGCACACCUGCUUGGUCCCGCAACCAGGCCGCCCCAUCCCCCCAUCCCCCCACCCCCGCCCCCCUCAGGGGGCACAGCUCCUGGGUGAAAGGGUCUGCACCACUGCACCUCGCUGCGCCCACCAGAUGCUCUGACCGCCUACCCGCCAGCCUGACACCCAGGAGCCAGGCAGAGGGCUCCAGAGACCAGGUAUCAUCCCACAUAUGCCUGAGGACAUCCUGAGGACAUCCUGAGGACAUGCCAGAAUGAUCUCCAUUGGGCGGAAAAGACACGGACCAUCCCUGAGAAGCACAGUCGCGAAUCUGGGACCAGAAAGAGGUACCGGGGCUCUGGAUGCCAGAAGCCCCAGUGCGCAGGAUUACUCAGAUGUUGGAGAGGUUUCCUUAACCCACGCUGGCGAUGCCUCAGGAUGUUUUCCAGCAGGUCACAUAAGAGCCACAUGCCACAGAUGGAGGAGAACCUGAAUGAGAGCCCCUGCUCUACUUCCCUGAAGGAAAGGAGGAAGCCCCAUGCCAUCAGCACGAAGCCGCGCUGGCUCAGGGGUACAAAGGUCACACGCGGGGAUGAUAAUGAGAACUGUGUGCUGUGGACCAUCGAUGCAGGCCUGCUGAAGCAGCGAGUGGAACACCUCGUGCCCGCCUUCCUGGGGAGAGACCCCACAUAUGUCUCCACCUUCUUGGGCACGUACACAACCUUUACUACCACCCAAAAGGUCUUGGAAGUGUUGUUUAUGAGGGCCAUCUCCUCCAUCCUGGGCACCUGGCUGGAUCACUACCCCGAGGACUUUUUCCGGCCUCCAGAUUUCACCAGCUUGAAGUUGCUGCAGGCAUAUGUAGGAGUCCACAUGCCGGGCUCCGAGCUGCAGCGCCGCGCCCGCCUUCUCUACUCAUGGCGGAAACACCGUGAGCCCAAUGAGCCAGAGUCUCUGGCCAUGGCACCAGCUCCAGAGCCACGUUCAGACGUCCCUCAGGAGCGAUCCCCUGCUAUCUCUGUGGUGCCCACUGCAGCCUCGCAGCCCAGGCUGCCUGAAGCCACUAGUUCUCCUGGAGCUCAGCGCGUACGAGAAUCGGAGACCCUCACUGCAGCGUCCCCACCAGGGCAGGAGGUACUCCCAGCUCUGGCUGACAGUCAGGAGCUGGAAGAGCCACCUGCCCCUUUGGUGGCCCCAGAGCAUGAGCAGCCCCCAGCCCCAGCCGGCGGGGUCACGGAAGGGCUGGAGGAACCACCUGCUGCAGCUGAGCAACCAGCCUCUGCUCCCCAACAGCGGCUCAUGUCCGCUGCAGCCCCAAAGGAUGAAUUCCCUGACCUUUUCAUUGCGUUCUUUGUCAUUUCUGUAGUUCUUAUAGAGGUAUUUACUGUCCUUAUAUAUUAGUGUUUUAUAAAUAAAAGAUAAACUAAGUUCCAAA